AUGCGCCUCACGGGCGAGAGGGGCGAGAGGGGCGAGAGGGGCGAGAGGGGCGAGAGGGGCGAGAGACGCGAGAGUGCAGUGAAAGUGUGCGAGGUGCUCGGCUGUUCGCGCCCUGAGCUUUCCAACUUGAUCUGUUCAACAGCCCACCACAUUCACUUUCUAUACUUACCGCUAAUAGCCGCUCCAUUCGAUCGGCCUGCGAUU